AUGUCUUCGUGUCCAUCUUGCUCUCCUCAUCCACUCGCUCCACUCGUUGGUUUACCCCAAGGAUUUGUCUUUGGAGUCUUGUUACAGAAAAGUAGAAUGUCUGCUCCUGAGAAUAUUAAAAACCAAAUGGCUCUCAAGGAUUGGACCAUGAUGAAGACUUUCCUUUCUGCUUCGGGUACAAGUGCCAUCUCUUUUGGUUUAUUGCAAUUAUUCGGUUUGGCAACCUUGUCCCCAAUGGACAUCAACUGGAGGGGUAAUUUGAUUGGAGGAGCACUCAUUGGUGCUGGUAUGACUCUCGGAGGAGCAUGUCCAGGUACCAUGCUUGCACAGCUCGGAGAGGGUGUUGAAACAGCUCCAUAUUCACUGCUUGGAGGUUUGUUGGGUGCCUCUGUGUAUGGCAUUUUGAUUAAUCAAUCGUGGGCCAAGAGCAUUUUGAGCUCAACGGAAGUCAAGGGUCCACACAAUACUUUGCAUGGAUUACUCGGAAAGCCAAUGUGGACAAUUGCAAUUCCAAUGGGUAUUGCACUUGUUGGUAUUGCAUGUGGCCUUGAAAAGAUCUUCCCAUCACCAAAACGUGUUGAGAAUGAGUCCAAUACGGAAUGCAUGAAAAAGAGACAAUGGCAUCCUAUUUGGUCCGGAAUUGCUCUUGGAUCACUUCAAAUUCCAGUUAAUUUGUUUGUUAAGGCUUAUUUAGGUACCAGCUCUGCCUUUGUGACUGCUUCUACUUUCGUAACAAAGUAUUUGCCACUCAAUCAGAGCUAUUUUUCAAAGUACAUCCCUAACACUCCAAAGAAUGUAUGGCAAUUAGUCAACGAUUUGUGCAUGGUUGGAGGAGCAUACGUUUCUGCAGUCUUAGGUAAUACAAGAUACAAGUCCACUCGAGCACUCACUACACAAGAUAAGGUUAUGGCUCUAGCAUCAGGCUUCUUAUUGCUAUUCGGAGCAAGAACUGCAAAUGGUUGCACAAGUGGCCAUGGCCUUUCCCAGAUGUGCCAGUUGAGUUUUGCUGGAUUUAUUAGCGUUGCAAGUAUGAUGAUAUGUGGAAUUGGUCUUGGUGUUGCUUUGGAUAAGCUCAGAAAAUAA